UAACCUUAAUACGGACGGUAUUCAAACUGUGAUAUUUAAGGCGUUAAGUAUUCUUGCAAGUUUAUUAUUGAAAUUCGAUUCGCGAUUAUUAAGACACUAAAACGCACGCCGGGACCGUGUUUUUCUUAUUUUAUAUUGUGUUGUCAUUUUGGAAUAUUACAAGGACUGGUGUACUUACAAAUCAUUAACAUGAUGUACAUCGGUCAGCUGUUGAUGUCAGCAGACUGGACAGUGUUAGCACUGCUUGCUUUGGUCAGUAUAUUGACUGUCGUUUACGUCACUUCCGCAUCAUCGUCUCGCAAGCUACCCCCAGGACCAAAGCCCUGGCCGAUAGUUGGCAACCUACCAUAUAUACGUGGUCAAAGCAAACCCUUAUACGAGGUGAUGCUUACGUUACGCCAAGAGUAUGGUGACGUUGUGAGGUUACAACUCGGUCCAAGCCUUAAUUUCGUCUUCAUCAUGGGAAAAGAUAAGAUUUACAAGGCGGCCGUGGAUAUGAACGACAAAUUCAAAUUCAGACCAACUAAUUUCUAUGCCACUAACUACAUAUUUAAAAAUAAAGGUAUAUUUUUGUCAAACGGCGCCGAACACACUGCUCUCCGGAAGUUGAUUCUUGUGACGCUGAGAGAUUUUGGGGUUGGCCGGAAGUCACUGGAGGAACGUAUACAGGAAGAGGCUAGGAUGUUGUGUGAUCUUAUCGAGAGCAAGAAGGGUCAGCCAACGUAUUACCUGGACAACUUUAAGAUGGGUGUGUCCAAUAUCAUCGCUGGUAUUGUGUACGGAAACAGGUUUGAAUAUGGGGACCCUACGUUUCUAAGGUUAAUAGGCGAUAUCGACACAUUUUUCAAAACCCUGAGCAUAUUUCUUCCUGAGAACUACUUCCCGUUUCUACGUUUCCUACCUAGAUCAAAGUUAAUGGCGGUGUUAAACGUAUUUAAAGAUCUAGAAGCAUACGCGAAGUCCAGAAUUGACGAACAUCGGCCGACUUUUGACCCAGAUAAUUUGAGAGACUUUGUCGACAUUUACCUGAAAGCAGAACAAGAAGGGGACAAAACUCUCACUGCGGAACACAUGUACCGUGUAAUCGUGGAUCUAUUUAAUGCGGGCACAGACACAACAGCAACUGCAAUGACCUGGGCAGUCCUUUUCCUCAUGAAUAAUCCGAAAAUACAGCAGAGGUGUCGUAAAGAAAUACUUCAGGAAGUGGGUGAAGACAGGCAGGUCCAACUCUCAGAUAAGGAGAAACUGCCCUACCUUCAAGCAUUCAUUAAUGAAGUGCUUCGAUUCAGUGCUAUUGCCCCUCAGAGCGCACCACACUUCACAAUGGAAGAUGUCGAGUUUGAAGGUUACAUUAUACCAAAAAGCUCUUUAGUGUUUUUUGGCCUGAUUACCCUCCUCACGGACAAGUCCACCUGGCACGACCCGGAAGUGUUUAGACCAGAACGUUUCCUUGACGACAAAGGUCAAUUGAGGAACGAAAAAAACCAGAAGGAACACUUGACACCAUUUAGUCUAGGUGGUCGUGCAUGUCUUGGCAAGCAUCUGGCACGUAUGGAAUUAAUACUAUUCCUCGGAACGCUCAUCCAGAGGUUUGAAUUUUCAACGCCUCCAGGUUGUACUGCCCCAUCCGAGGAUCGCGUGCAGUCAGGUAUAACGUGUCAGCCACGCCCAUUUGAAGUGUGUGCAACACCGGUUUAGCACCGACAUCGAUCUGGCCAAAAUGUAGCUAAAGAAUGUUGCUUUUCUAAAAAAGGUGUUUAUGUAAACAUGGCCCUUAUAAAUUAAAUACCCAUGUCGAAUUCGAAUGUUUGCGUUAAUUCCAUGAACAAAUUCUUUGAACUUAAGAAUAAUUCAUUCAAGCAUUGUUAGAACAAAGCGGUUCUAAUCUGUUUUUUUAAACAAACCAAAACUGAAUGCAGCAUCUUCUAGUUUCAGCAUGUUGGCUUUUUAAAUAAAAUGAUCAUUAUGCUAUUUCUGAUGCAUUUGAAAUGAAUGUAAGGUAUAUUAUCUAUCAAUACUAACUUACUGUUUUAAAGGAAUUGCCGACCAACCCGUCGUACAAUGGUUUACAAAUAUAUGCUGAAUACAAUUAUAUGGAUUAUAUUGUAAUCGUUUUGUUAAUGGCUUUAAAAGGGAGAAAAAAUAGGUAAACGUUAUUAAGAGAGACUCUUUCUUAUAAUAUUAGUAUUAGUGAUAGUUUGUCUUAUGCAGUGCUUUAAACCAUCGUUUGUUAUUUUUAAAUAAAAUAAUCUGAAUG